CAAAAUGAGCGACUGUCAAAGCAUCCUCAAGUACACAAGGUACGCCUUGCUAAUAGCUGGAGCAUUCGAUAUACAGGACGGAACGACGAACUCAUCCUUUCCAUACAAGAUUUGGUCUUUUCUUUCACAAGGCUACUACACGUUGUUCGUCCUGUCGCUCCUCGUGGGCAUGAAAGAUGUACUAAAGAAUGGGGUAGAUGACGUAACAUUCAAUAUAAACAUGCAAACGUUCCUCUUCAGCUUCCUUUUACUAUUGAAAUUGGUGUUAUUCUACACCAGAGGCAUUCGGGAUAUAAUCAAAGAAGUGUACGAGUUUGAGUACGACAUCACACACGAUGACUUGGAGUGUACGCGAAUAUACAACAAAAAUUCCUGAUACAACUACAAGAUAUUUUUCUUAGUGUCUCUUAUCAUGUUCUGUACUGGCUUUAUGUUCAUGAUCACCAACUUGAACGAGUGGAAGCUGAUGAACGUUGGAAACUCAACGGAAAGCAAGUCGCUCAUCUACAGUGGUUGGUUUCCAUUCGAUAUUAUGGAUCCAACUUAUUUCAACGCUGCGUACUUUUUUCAAUACAUCGUAGGUAUUUGGUUACCCUGGUUCAUAAUUAUGAUUGAUUCCCUGUUCAUUUCGAUGGUAAAUUUCGCUACUGCAAGGGUUGACAUCUUGGGAUACAAGUUUGAAAAUUUUGAGAUGUACAGUAAUGGUAGGAAUGAAUCAACAUUCCAUUGUCUGAGAAAUAUUGUGAUGGAACAUCAGGAGCUUAUCAGAUACGUUGAAGAUGUCAAAAAAUCCUUGAAAUGGUACUUAUUUGGAGAAUUCUUGGUCAAAUCAUAUCAAAUAACAGUAUCGCUUGUGAACGUGAUACACGCAACCAGUAAGGGAGAAAUUGUUUUUUUCAUGUUCAUUCUGAUAGGGCUACUGAUUCAAGUCAUGAUGGUUUACUAUAAUGCCAAUGAGUUAUCACUGAAAAGCACAAAUUUGAGCCUGAGAAUAUUCCAGGCUAAAUGGUACGAUCAAUGUUCUGAAGUGGUAAGAAGUCUUUCGAUUGUGAUGGCCAGAGUGCAAAGACCACUUGUACUUUCCAUCGGCGAUUUUCGAGUGAUCGACAAUGAACUGAUUGUGAACAUAUUCAAAGCCGGUUAUACGUUCCUAGUGUACCAGAAGAUGUAGAGGUUUUCAAUGACUGGGGAAGUUUUAUUCUGAUGACUCCAUCAAAUUAGCUUAUUCACACUGAUGAACUUUGUUUUUGCAAUAUAGAAUGCGUAGUCCAAUUUAGUAGUUUUCAGGUGCCAAACAAUGGAAUUUUAAUUGAUGAAUCUCUCGAUGAAGCUGAUGGUAUGAAUAUAAAGGGUGAGUCAUA